GGAUUACUGCAUUCCUCGAUGAAGCUGCUUCCAUGGGCAUUUGUUCGCUAGCAAAGAACAGUGGUUCCCCUUGUAAGGAAAGGACCAACAGAUUUUAUUUCAAUAAAGAAACAGGAAAAUGCGAGGAAUUCGUAUACGGCGGUUGCAAAGGAAACUCCAACAACUUUGAGACUUAUGAAGAGUGUGACGCCUUGUGUGGAGAGUGUACCCUACACAGURAACCGGGUCCUUGCGAAGCGGCUCUUCACAGGUUUUUCUACAACAAGAAUACAGGUUUCUGCGAGCURUUUACUUAUGGUGGCUGCCAUGGGAAUAGAAACAACUUUAAAAGCCUUGAAGAGUGCGAAAAACGCUGCAAAGGAACGCUUUGUUUCCUUCCAAAAGACYCAGGAUCAUGUGACGGAUAUAUCCCUAGUUAUUAUUACGAUCCAAAAAYCAAAUCAUGCCAGAAAUUCAUAUAUGGAGGUUGCGAAGGCAACGCUAACAAUUUUCAAACUAGGGAACGMUGUGAAAAGGAGUGUAACGUAGGAKAUGACAAUUAUUAUGCAUGACGUCAUCAGAUACUAUUUUACCAGAAUGCUCUGCAAAGUAGUCAGUUCCAAAUGAAUUGUUUUACUAUUUUGUAACAAUAACAAAGGUAUCAUCCACAAUAAAAGUGAAUUCUGGUA